AUGUUCCCGAACGGGAGUUCGGCGAACAGUGCCGGAGGGCAGAACGGUCAGCUCGGCUUUCCGAUGGCUUCCCUUCUCCAAGCGGGUGGCCCCGCCGCCGCCGGACUCCAGAACUUGAAUCAAGCACAAAUCUUCAGCCUGCUGCAGAACCCCGGGCUGUUCACGGACAUGCAGAAACGGGCGGCGACCGCGUGUAAGUUUGCAGGAAUUUUUGGAUUUUUUUUUAUUUUUUAGGGAUUUUUGAACGUUUUAUCGAUCAAAUUAUGGAUCGUCAAGGGUUUUGGAGGCUUUUUUAUUAUAGUUACCCUUUGAUUUCUCGAGUUUUUGAAUGAAAAUUUGAAAUUUUGCCUGCUACAAUAUAAGUUUUUGCCGAAAAAUUGAAUUUCCAGCCUUUUUUGACGAUUUUAUGGAUUGAAAUGGCUUGAAAAUGAAAUAAAAGACAUUUUAGAGCCAUUUUGAAUUAGUUCCCAGCUUGAUUUUACCAAUUUUCACCAAAAAAUUUGAUAAUUUCCCCAACUUUUCAGCUGCCCAACACGUGAUCCUAGCCCAACAACAGGCCGCCGCCCAACAGCAGGCUCAACAACGAGAGCGCGAACUGAAGGAACAACGGGAACGCGAGCAAAAACAGCAGCAACUGAAACGCGAACAACAGCAAAUCCAAAUGCUGAGGAUACAACAACAACAGCAAGCAAAUCAGAAGGCAAAUCAACAGGCAAGCAAUGCGAAUCAAGCACAAGUGUUGCAGAAUAUGGUAAGGAAAAUUUGGGGUGAUUUUUGGGUUGUUUGGAGGGGAUUUGAAAAUGUCAUCAUGACGGAUUUUUAGACGUCAUGAUGACAGUUGUAAAAUACGUUUGUAUGAAUGAGUUUUUGUUAUAGAAAAAAGUGUAUUCUUUUUAGGACAUGACAAAAAAAAUUUGGGUAAAAAUUCCGUCAUCGUGACUGAUUUUUUGGGUGUCAUGAUGACACGGAUAAAAUACGUCGUAAUGCUGGACUUUUUGAGUUUAGAGAAUUAAAAAUGAUUUGAAUGAGCUUUAUAAUGAAUUUCUGAAGUAUUUUUAUUAAAAAAUCGGUCGUAGUGACGCAUUUUUUUGAUGUCAUAAUGACAACUAAAAAAUGUUGAAAAUGCGUUUUUUGAAAUAGUGCAGCGUUUAUAACCGUAGUGGACGUUUUUGUCCCCACCCCGGUUUUGUCCCCAAGGCGGUUUUGUCCCCAGGACGUUUUUGUCCCCACUUUUUUCGAGCCUUUUUGUCCCCAGACCGGUUUUGUCCCCAGGACGGUUUUGUCCCCAAGACGUUUUUGUCCCCACUUUUUUUAUUUUUUUGUCCCCACACCGGUUUUGUCCCCAGGACGUUUUUGUCCCCAAGCUGCAUAGUGCGAUUAAAAAUUAUGCAUUCAAAUGUUAAUGCUGUUGGUUUGGAGCCCAGUAUUGCUCAAACAACAUGUUCUUAGCGCUUGGUACUGUAUAGUACGAGGUGGUACUAUAUAGCACGAGAUAAAAAUUAAGACAUAACACGUCAAUGCUAUGGGUUUGAAGCCCAGUACUUCUCAAAAAUGUGUUUUAGCACAUGGUACUAUAUAGCACGAAUUUGUUUUUGCACAAAAUGAACGUUUGAUCAGUACUGCAUACCAAAACAACGUUAUUCACGCGUUAUAGCUUAAUUUUCACCUCGUGCUAUAUAGUACCACCUUGUACUAUACAGUACCAAGUGCUAAAAACACAUUUUUUGAGAAGUGCGGGGCUGCAAACCAACAGCAUUAACGCGUUAUGGCUUAAUUUUUACCUCGUGCUCAAUAGUACCACCUCGUACUAUACAGUACCAAGCGCUAAGAACAUGUUGUUUGAGCAAUACUGGGCUCCAAACCAACAGCAUUAACAUUUGAAUGCAUAAUUUUUAAUCGCACUAUGCAGCUUGGGGACAAAAACGUCCUGGGGACAAAACCGGUGUGGGGACAAAAAAAUAAAAAAAGUGGGGACAAAAACGUCUUGGGGACAAAACCGUCCUGGGGACAAAACCGGUCUGGGGACAAAAAGGCUCGAAAAAAGUGGGGACAAAAACGUCCUGGGGACAAAACCGUCUUGGGGACAAAACCGGGGUGGGGACAAAACCGGGCCCAAUCUUUAUAACUGAUACGGAAAAUGAAAAUGAUCUUUUUGGACUGUAAUGAAGAUGGUUUGAGGGAAAAUUCGGUCAAAAUGACUCAUUUUUAGGUGUCAUGUUGACACCGCGGAAUUAAGUCAUAAUGACCCGUUUUAUGUCGCACAUUGUAAAAUACGAUCAUUCUAACCUUUUCACUAGCUUUAUUCAUAAAAAAGUCUUUUUGGAAUUUUUUCGUCAAAUCUUGAUGUCGAAAACAACUUUUAUUACCUUGAAAAUAUAGCCUUCAAAUUUUUUUAGAUGAUGCUCCUCCAACAACAGCAGCAGCAGAACAGCAGGCAACUCCAAUCCAACUCGCUGAUGUCCCAAAUGGGCCAAGGAGUGUCGAAUUUGCAAAUGCAACAACAACUGCAGCAGCUGCUGAACCCAAGCUCCCUUUCCAUGACCCCGCAAAUGCUCCAACAAUACCAAGCGAUACGGCAGGUGAGGAAAAAUUCAUUUUUUUGGAGGAAAAUUAGAAAUAAAUUUUCGUUGCACAGUGCAGUUUUUUCGAGGUUUGAAUCUUGCACAGUGCGGUGGAAAAAAUAAAAUUUUGCACUGUGCAAUGAAAAGUUUGGGGUGUUUUGCACAGUGCGAGGGAAAAUUUUGGUGAUCACUUGCACUGUGCGGUCGAUCGCGGGGUUUAAAUUUUCUGCACCGUGCAAAAAAUGUCUUGUUUUGAAGAUUGCACGGUGCGAUUAGAAAUUUUGCGAUUUGCACUGUGCGAUAAGGCAAAUAUGGAAUUUGCACGGUGCGAAACAAAAAUUUGAAGUAACUGCACUGUACGAAAAAUUUUUUUGACUCGGAAAAAUGCACUGUGCGAUGGAAAAAUAUGUUUUUUGGGUUCGCACGGUGCGAAACAAAAUUUUGAAGAUUUCGCACUGUGCAAUGGGAGAUUUGAGAAAUUGCACGGUGCGAAAAAUUUUUGGAGGAAUUUUUUUUCGCCCGCAAAUGGACUUUUCGAUGCCCGCAAAUUUUCGCGGUUCGCGACCGCAAAUUAAAUCGAAAUUUGCCCGCACUUUUUCUGCCCGCAAAUUAUAAAAAUGUUAUGAAACGCCUGGAAUAUGGAUAAUUAGUCAAAUAUCCGUGCAAAUACGGUGAAAUUAAUAAAUUUACAUAUGUAAAUGUGCAUUUGACAAAAAAAUUUUUUGAGAAAUGUUUCUAAUCCAUGUUUUCUGGGAUAAAAUUUCAAAUAACGGAAUGAUAUCAUGUUUUUGGACAAAGCUGAUGAAUAUGGAGUCCAAAUCAACUUGUUAUAAAGGCCGAACAAAACUUUUUUUGUCUAAACGAACUUUUCGAUGCCCGCAGAUCGGAAAAUCGGGUCCUCGGACAAUACGAAUGUAAAACUCUUCAUUGUAAUCCCUUUUUGAGCAAUUCCUAGCUACCACUAGGCCAUUGCCGCAUGUCUCUUCGCAGAAAAUUUGAAUUUCAGUUUUGCGGGCAAAAAAAGUUUGAAAACUUUUGGAUGCCCGCAAACAAAAAAAUGCUCCAAAACCUUUCGUAAGCCACCGUAAUGAAAAUUUUUUGAUUACUAUGACAAGAUUAAGCACUAUGAUCAUUUUGUGGCAAUUGAUGCCGAUUUGUUUGCAGGAAAACAGAUUUUUGACAGAAAAAAUAUUUGCGGGCAAAAAAAGUUCUAAAAAUUUUUGAAUGCCCGCAAAUCUGAAAAAAGCUUCUAAAUCAAUCGAAAGUAGUUGUGAUGAAAAAACGAGUUCCAUAAGUCACAUUACGACACUUUUUACGGCCAGUGACACCGAUUUUUCAGUAGAAAAAUCCAAAUUAAAAUUUGCGGGCAAAAAAAGUUCCAAAAAUUUUUGGAUGCCCGCAAAUCAAAAAAGGCUUCCAAAUCAACUAAAACUUAUUGCCUUGGGAAAAAUUGGACUCAUAGUGCCAUUAUGACAAGUUUUAUGACCACUGAUACCGAUCUUUUGGUUGAAAUGUUGAAAUUUAAAUUUGCGGGCAAAAAAAGUUCCAAAAAUUUUUGGAUGACCGCAAAUCAAAAAAUUUUUUCCAAAUCAAUCAGAACUUCUUAUUAAGAAGUCACAUUAUAUUUAUUUUGCUUUUUAGAAACUUUAGUAAUAAGUGAAGGUUUUUAUUAUGAAUGUCCUCAAAAAAAGGCGCCUCUUCCUGUAGCACGCCGGUAACUACUAGGGUGUCCCUUAAGUCUUGUGUAUUUUUGGGUUUGAGAAUUAAAGUCUUGUUUCGCAGGCCUAAAUGAAUGCACCCCUUAAUGUUUGGUACUGUUGAAACCGCCAUCUUUUACUCAUAUACUCCGCCGAUUUAAUUUGGACCAGUCUGAAACUUGAAAACGGUUAUAGAUAUGAACUCCAUUCCUUCAACAAGUUUGAUCACCAGUCGACUCUAUGUUCAACUGUAGCCAAAUAUUUCCUCUGCCUUGAGGCACAAGAAAAAUAUUCGGAUUUUUUAAUUUUUUCUGUCGAAAAAGUUUGGACCAGGGCAACAAAAAUUUGCAUUUCUUUAUCACUAGGUGGGGUGAAACCAUGAUAACUUGUGAAAAUAAUUGUGAUUCCCUGGUGAUUCUAGCGAGCAGGAAAUUUCGAGAUUAGCGCUGUGUUUAAGGCCCUGAGGGCAAUUUUUAAGAAAAUUCCCAAAAUUCCAGAAAUUUUUCGUCCUAGCGAUUGAGUAAGAAGCGUAAAUCGUCUUAAAUUAGUUUCUGUGCAACCACAGUAUAGUGUACAUUUAAUUGGUUGACGUUAUAAAACAGUUUUACAUCUAAAAUUUUUUGUUCUUGGAGGAUUUGCGAGUUUGAAACUUGGGUUGGCGAUAAUAGUGAGGCCACUGCGCUCAAACAACUGCUAAAUCAUACAGCGUUUAGCGUGGGACGUAUGAGGGUCAUGCCACACUUUCCUUCAGUGUCAAAACAAUAUCCGAUUUACACGCGACAAAUGCACAAUAGACCGAAAACUUUGAUAAAAAAAUUUAAGAAGAAGGUGCUUACUUAAAAGUUUUCGAAAGUGAAAAAAGAUGUUCCUAUAUGUAUAUUGUACGUUUAUUCCGCUAUGAGGUGCUAGCCAGACCUGAUAGAACUUAAUUUGAUGCACAUUAAAUUGUUUUUUCUCAACAUGUUUCGAGUGGGCCAACGAAAAGUUUUUUUUAUCAAAGUCUUCGGUCUAUUGUGCAUUUGUCGCGUGUAAAUUGGAUAUUGUUUUGACACAGAAGGAAAGUGUGGCAUGCCCCUCAUAUGUCCCAAGCAAAACGCUGUAUGAUUUAGCAGUUGUUUGAGCGCAGUGGCCUCACUAUUAUCGCCAACCCAGGUUUCAAAGUCGCAAAUCCUCCAAGAACAAAAAAUUUUAGAUGUAAAACUAUUUUAUAACGUCAUCCAAUUAGAUGUACACUAUACUGUGGUUGCAAAGAAACUAAUUUAAGACGAUUUACGCUUCUUACUCAAGCGCUAGGGCGAAAAAUUUCUGGAAUUUUGGGAAUUUUCUUAAAAAUUGCCCUCAGGGCCUUAAACACAGCGCUAAUCUCGGAAUUCCCCGCUCGCUAGAAUCAGCAGGGAAUCACAAUUAUUUUCACAAGUUAUCAUGGUUUCACCCCACCUAGUGAUAAAGAAAUGCAAAUUUUUGUUGCCCUGGUCCAAACUUUUUCGACAGAAAAAAUUAAAAAAUCCGAAUAUUUUUCUUGUGCCUCAAGGCAGAGGAAAUAUUUGGCUACAGUUGAACAUAGAGUCGACUGGUGAUCAAACUUGUUGAAGGAAUGGAGUUCAUAUCUAUAACCGUUUUCAAGUUUCAGACUGGUCCAAAUUAAAUCGGCGGAGUAUAUAAGCUGCAUAAAAAAGUGACACAUAAAAUAAUUUUGCGUUUAACUUUUUUUGACAGUGGUUGCUCAGGUCGCGCCGAUACCAAAAAAUAUUGUGACUUCUUAAUAAGAAGUUCUGAUUGAUUUGGAAAAAAUUUUUUGAUUUGCGGUCAUCCAAAAAUUUUUGGAACUUUUUUUGCCCGCAAAUUUAAAUUUCAACAUUUCAACCAAAAGAUCGGUAUCAGUGGUCAUAAAACUUGUCAUAAUGGCACUAUGAGUCCAAUUUUUCCCAAGGCAAUAAGUUUUAGUUGAUUUGGAAGCCUUUUUUGAUUUGCGGGCAUCCAAAAAUUUUUGGAACUUUUUUUGCCCGCAAAUUUUAAUUUGGAUUUUUCUACUGAAAAAUCGGUGUCACUGGCCGUAAAAAGUGUCGUAAUGUGACUUAUGGAACUCGUUUUUUCAUCACAACUACUUUCGAUUGAUUUAGAAGCUUUUUUCAGAUUUGCGGGCAUUCAAAAAUUUUUAGAACUUUUUUUGCCCGCAAAUAUUUUUUCUGUCAAAAAUCUGUUUUCCUGCAAACAAAUCGGCAUCAAUUGCCACAAAAUGAUCAUAGUGCUUAAUCUUGUCAUAGUAAUCAAAAAAUUUUCAUUACGGUGGCUUACGAAAGGUUUUGGAGCAUUUUUUUGUUUGCGGGCAUCCAAAAGUUUUCAAACUUUUUUGCCCGCAAAACUGAAAUUCAAAUUUUCUGCGAAGAGACAUGCGGCAAUGGCCUAGUGGUAGCUAGGAAUUGCUCAAAAAGGGAUUACAAUGAAGAGUUUUACAUUCGUAUUGUCCGAGGACCCGAUUUUCCGAUCUGCGGGCAUCGAAAAGUUCGUUUAGACAAAAAAGUUUUGUUCGGCCUUUAUAACAAGUUGAUUUGGACUCCAUAUUCAUCAGCUUUGUCCAAAAACAUGAUAUCAUUCCGUUAUUUGAAAUUUUAUCCCAGAAAACAUGGAUUAGAAUCAUUUCUCAAAAAAUUUUUUUGUCAAAUGCACAUUUACAUAUGUAAAUUUAUUAAUUUCACCGUAUUUGCACGGAUAUUUGACUAAUUAUCCAUAUUCCAGGCGUUUCAUAACAUUUUUAUAAUUUGCGGGCAGAAAAAGUGCGGGCAAAUUUCGAUUUAAUUUGCGGUCGCGAACCGCGAAAAUUUGCGGGCAUCGAAAAGUCCAUUUGCGGGCACCGAAAAGCACGUCCAAAAUUUUUUGAUAAUUUUGCACUGUGCAAAGGCGUAAUUUUUAAUAAAAACGUAACGUUAUUGUGAACGACGUAUUUUAAAAUGAAAUUGCAUACUUUUUUCCUUUCAGCAACAGCAACAAUCUCAACAACAAACCACUUCGGCGUCGGUCGCCACGUCUCGCUCCGACGAGCCCCGAAGGCCCUCGCUGAUGUCCAAUCUUCAACAAACCCCUCAAUCCCAGUUGAAUUUGAAUUUACGUAAGAGAUUUUGAGAUUUUUUUAAAUUUUCGGAAAAAUAGGCCAAUUAUGGAAAAUAUCGUAGUUUAAAAAUUUGAUUUUUGUGGUUUCAAAAAAUUUGCAGUGCUUCUGAAACAGUCGGUAGUGUUUUCUCCAAUUUUGGGGAAAUUUGGGCUUGUUUUGGAUGACGUCAUUUAAUCAGUCAUGAUGACAGGGGUUUGGAGAUGGUAGUUUUUGUUGAUUUUUUUGGUAAUACGAUUACUGCGGAUUGGAAAUUACUGUAAAAAAAUUUGAGCCAUGUUGGAUGAUUUUAAAUGGGUCAGGAUGACGGAUUUAAUUUUGUCAUCAUGACAUGCCCAAAAUUUCAAAUUUGGCUCUAGAAUGACAGGCACAUUAUGUUUUAUGAAGAGAUAUAUAAAAAUUUAGGUUAUUUCCUUUGAAAUACGAUUAUUUUUUCAGUUAAACCCGAUCCAAAGCCCUCGAAUUUCGGCUCGAUAACUUCCGGUGUGCCCCUCCGGCCGAACUCGUUCGGCCUGAACCUCCCAGCCCAACCAGCCACAACGACCACCCUCAACAAACCGGUCGAACAGAAGCCUGGCUCCUCCCAACAACAAGGCCAGAUUCUGGAGGAAAAAAGAGAGAAGAAGGAUGUGAGGGAUAAGAUCGACAAGACCGAAGCCGAUCUCAAAAUGGUAAGAAAGUUUUUUUGAGAGGGUUCUGGAAGCCUAUGAGUUAUUUUGGAUAGGAAUUUAGCGGCUUGGCCAAGCGCAAGAGCGAGUUUUGAAAAAAGGUAGGGCGCAACUCGCCAAGGUUGAUUUUGGCUUAAAAAAGGUUAUUUUGGAAGUUUCUGAGCUCAUUUUUGGCUUGUAAAAAUUGUGGACACUGUUACAGCAGCGUCUUAAAUUGUCUUACCGACUUUUUCAACGUUAGCUAGGGCGCAGCUCGCCAACUGGAAUUGGUUGAAAACCGAUGAUUUUGGUAUUUGUGGAUUGGUUUGACGAUUAGGAAUGACCUGGUGACUUUAGAAUUUCAGUUUUUGGCGAUUUUGCAGGCCUUAUCGCUUCAAGUUAGGGCGCAGCUCGCCAACUGGAAUUGAUUGAAAACCGAUGAUUUUGGUAUUUGUGGAUUGUUUUGAGGACUCGGAAUGGCCUAGUGGCUUUUUAAUUCCCGUUUUUUGGGAUUCUUCAGGAAUUAUCGCUUCAAGUUAGGGCGCAGCUCGCCAAAAAAAUUUCCCGAUUUAUUGAGUUUUUUGAAUAUUGAGAGCUUCGCUAUGUUCGGCAGGACAUAUUUUACUGAUUUUUCCCUUCUACAGAUCGAUGCUCAACAUGCGGCGGCGAAAAAGAAACGAGAACAACUCCAAAAUUUGCUGCGAACCCGCCGAGAAGAGAUGGAAAGAGAACGAGUCGAAGCCGAGGCCGAAGCCAGAGCUGCAGCCGCAAAAGCGGCCUCCAUUGCCGAAGCUAUUCGGUCGAGAAUCCCAAUGAUUGAGAAAAUCGACGGGGAGAAUCAGGCCACAAUUGAAGAGAGGUUCAAGUCCAUGAAUUUGGCGCAAACUGUAAGAAUUUUGUUGUUUUGUGCGGUAAAUUGUGAUGAAAAGGGUGUGAAAUUACUCAUUCUUGGAUUUGAAAAUAGUUUUUAUUCGGUUGGUGAGCUUUUUUGAAUGAGGGAAACAGUUGACCCAUUCUUGAGUCAAGUGUUUUCCUUGGAGAAAAAUUAGUGAAAUUGGUUGAUUUGGAGGUAAAAUACGUCGAGCCUUAUUUUUUGUUCAAUUUUUUGGUAUGGAGGUACGUAAAAAAAAUUUUGAGUCAAGUGUUUCUUUUGUUGGAAAAAGUCUCAAAAUUCGAUAAAUUUUGAGCUAAUUUGAGCGAUUUGGGUUCUCUCUGUGUGAAAUAAAGUAAAAAAGUACUUUUAGUUAUUUCAGAAACAAAUUUAUGAAAUUUUGGGUCAAGUGUUUCUCCCAAAAAAAUUUUUUUUUUUUUUUUUUUUGAAAUUUACGAAUUUUGUUGUAAAAUACAGAAGCCGAAGUAAACAUUUUUUGAUUAACUGUUAUUUUUGGGAGCUGAGAAGAGAAAGAUUUGAUUCAUUUUACGGGUUUUGGGUCAAGUCUUCCUCUUGGAGAAAAUUUUCUAAAAUUUUGAUUGAUUUGAAUUCAUUUGCAGUCAACUCUGCACUCCGACACCCCCGAAGAGAUCACCGCCCGCUACCGCAACAUGAGGCCAUCCCUGAUCGAGCAAAUGAAGCGCCAAAAGGACUUCCGCGACCGAAAAAUGCGCGAACACCAAGAAUUGUACGAAUCCAAGUAUCAGCAAUGGCUGAAGCGAGUGGACAAGGCCGAGAAAGCCCCGAAAAAAGUGGCCAGAGACGCGAAACAUCGCGAAUUGUUCGAGAAAAUCUUCCCCGAAAUCAAAAAGGAACGCGAAGACCGCGAAAGAAACGAACGCCACGAGAGAAUUCAGCAGGCCGCCGAAGGAGUCAUCAAAACCAAGGAAGAGGUAGGGGAUUGGAAGAGAUUUGGAGAGGAUUUCGGAAUUUUUUUAACGAUUUUUUGGGGAAAUGGGGAUUUUUUUGGAUUUUUGGGGUUUUUUGAAAAAAUGAAGGAAAAAAAGAGGUAAAAUAGGGUAGAAUUUGAAAGAAAAUGAAAGAAGAAAGAUACAGGAGAAUAAAGGAAGAUUUCGGAAGCGAUUUUUUGGGAUUUUUGAACGAUUUUUUUGGCAAAAUUGGGAAUCUUUUGGAUUUUUGUAGUUUUUUGAAAAAAAUCAAGUAAAAGAGGGGUAGAAUAGGGUAGAAUUUGAUAGAAAAUGAAGGAGAUGGGAAGCAGGAGAUGAAGGGAAGAUUUCGGAAGCGAUUUUUUGGGAUUUUUGAAUGAUUUUUUGGGGGAAAAUUGGGAAUUUUUUAGAUUUUUGGGGGUGUUUUGAAAAAAUAGUGAAGGAAAAAAAGGGUAAAAUACGAUUAGACUUUAUUGAACAUAAAGCAUGAGAUGAAGUGAAGAUUUUGGAAGUGAUUGUUUGCGAUUUUCUGACCCAUUUUUUUUGGGAAAUGGGAAAUUUUUUGGAUUUUUGGGGUUUUUUUGAAAAAAAAAAUUAUGAAAAAGAGGGGUAAAAUACGAUUAGACUUUACUGAAAAUAGAGGAGAUAUGAAGCAGGAGAUGAAGGGAAUAAUUUGAAAGCGAUUUUUGGGAUUUUUUGACGGAUUUUUUUGGGAAAAAAUGGGAUUUUUUUGGAUUUUUGGGGGUUUUUUUUUUGAAAAAAAAUGAAAGAAAAGAAGGGUAAAAACGGGUAGGAUUUGAUUGAAAAUGAAAGAAAGAGAGGAGGAGCAGAUUUUUGGAAUUUUUUGAUCGAUUUUUUGGGCAAGAUUGGGAAUUUUUUGGAUUUUUUGGGGAAAGUGGAGAUUUUUUCGAAAAAAAUCAGGUGAAGGAGGAGUAAAAUACGCGUGCGGUUGAUUGAAAAUGAACAAGAUAGGGAGCAGAAGAUUUUAGAAACGAUUUUUGAGAUUUUUUUGACCGAUUUUUUGGGCAAAAUUGUUUAUUUUUUUGGAAAAAUUUUUGAAAAAAUGGUUAAAGUAAAGUUGGAAUUGAUGGAAAACUACAGUCAAAUGGAAAAAUGAGCCAAAAAAAUAUAUUUUUAAUUCGAUUUUUUGGAUUUUUUUGAGAAAAAUUUUGGAAAAAAUUGCAUUUUUUUUUUGAUUUUUUGGGGGUAAAAGGCGGUAAAAUAAGGUCGAAAUUGAAGAAAAAAUCUGAAUUUAGUAAAAAAAAAUGAUUAAAAAUUAUGCUUGGGAGAAGUAGAAGCGUAUUUUACAAAGAUUUUUUUGCUUCAGAAGGUCACCGAAAGAGCCUGCCAAAUCCCCCAACUGCAGCUGAACCGAGAGAAAUUCGCCUUUGUCAAUAAUAAUACGGUCAUCAGAGAGGAGCUCCUGGCUAAUACGAAUGAAGCGUACGUUUUGAGAGAUUGAAAUUUUGUUUUUUGUUUUUUUUUUGUUUUUUUUUUUAUUUUUUGAGCGAAAUUUUUGAUUUUUUUUUUUUUUUUUUUUUUGAUUUUUUUGUAUGGUUUUAGACUCUCGGACUACACGGAUAACUGGACCCCAGAUGAAAAGAAAACCUUCAACGAGAAGAUCAAACUGUUCGGCAAGAAUUUCCAUGCUCUCUCGCACUUCUAUUGGAAUAAGGUGAGUUUUGGAUAAUUGAAAGUUUUGGUAAUUAUGCAAAUUUUCAAAAAAAAUUGGAUUUUUUUCUGCAUUUUUGAAAAAUUUAAAUUUUCUGAUAAUUAUGCAAAUUUUCAAAAAAAAAUUUUUUUCCUUGAUUUUUUUGGCCAAAAUUUGCAUUUUUGAAAAAUUAAAAUUUUUGAUAAGUAUGCAAAUUUUAAAAAAAAUUUAUUUUUUCACGAUUUUUUUUUGCAUUUUCCUGGAUUUUUCGGGCUGAAAUUUGCAUUUUUGAAAAAUUUAAAUUUUUUAGUUAUGCAAAUUUUCAAAAAGUUUUUUUUUUGGAUUUUUUGGGCCAAAAUCCGCAUUUUUCAAAAAAAAAAAUCGAAUUUUUUAAUUAUGCAAAUUUUCAAAAUUUCAUAGUUUUUCGAUUUUUCCUGAAUUUUUGGGAUUUUUUGGGUCUUCUGGGCUGAUAUGCAAAUUUUUUUCGUUAUGAAAAAAUUAUGCAAAUUUUCUAAAAUUUAUUUUUUUUCACUGUUUACUUGAUUUUUGCGAUUUUUUACUAUAAUUUUUUUUGGAAAAACACAAUUUUUUGCAUUAUGCAAAAAUUAUGCAAACUUUUUUACUCUUCAAAAUCUCUUUAUUUGCCUUGUGAAAGAGUGAAUAAUACGAUUUCCGGCAUUUUACAGCAUGAAUUACGUGUCCUUUCCCGGUUAUAUGACUGUUGUUACAGCAACUGUCCCGAAAAUCGGCUUAAUUCCCAAAAAAACAUUGUAAAUUCCUCUGCCGCCAUUUGCAGCUAAUUAAAAGGGACAUUCCAGCCCGGUUAGCCUCUUGUAAGUGGCCUCAAGGCCUUUAUCCCUAAUUUGGUGGUUAUUUGGGGUUGUUUUGGGAGAGGAAAUUGGGUGUAAAUUGUAAUAAAUGGUGUGAAAUUUAUUGUAGAAGAUGAAUUGAACAGUCUUUUGGCGAUUUUUUGACGAAAAAUGAUAGUUUUGACCUUACUUUAGGUGAUUUUUGGUAAAAAUUGAUGAAAAAUCUCAUUUUUUCGCUUAAUUAUUAGGAUUUAGGGCUUAAAAAAUAAAGAAUGGCCUGUAGAUUUACUUAAGAACCGGUAAUUUGCAUAUUUGAGGACUAAAAUUUGCAUAAUUUUUACUUGAUUUUAUAUUACCCAUGAAAAAAAGUGCCGAAAGAUGCCUCAAAAUUGCUUGCGAAAGCCGGGAAAUGCCCGUAAAUCGUAGGAACUAAUCUUUUAGUUAGUAAAAAUACUCUUUUCAUCAAGAAAAGUGGAUUUUCCCCCAUUUUUGGGCAUUAUUUAUAUUAACCAUGAGGUUUUUGGCCAAAUUACCCCUGUUUUCCCUCAAUUUAUUGUGCAGAUUUUGUUUACCAGUAAUUACUGCGUAUGGGAUUGUACUAUUUAGUAACUCAACCACAAAAUGUCAAGUGCAUUCCACUUGAAAAGUAAAAAUUUCACUGAAAAUGCCCUUUUUUAGCAGAAAAUGUCUAAUUAAGCGGCAUUUUGGGGUCUUACAGUAUGAAAAAGAGUGUGAUUUUGAGAGAAUAUAGUGUGAUAAGUGUUGUAUAGUAAGCUAGGAUUGGCAUUCAAAGGAUAAAUGAGAGUUUUUGCCCAAAAAUUAUGUUAUAGUAGGCAAUUUUUGGAAAUUUUAAAAUUUUUUGUCUAAAAAAGCUUUUUUCUAGGAAUUUUUGACGAGAAUAGAACUCUUAAAGGUUGAAUGGGUAAUUUUUAUGUUGAGUAGUACAAGUUGACAUCAUUUUUUGUAUAGAAUUGGGCUAUUUUUGGGAGCUUUUUUGCCAUAAUUAGUUUUUUUUUCGUUAAUUUGAGUUGUUUUUGAACUCCAAAUCGGUAGUUUAGAAAGCUGAUGGGGUUUGGAAGGGUUUAUAUUAAUUUUUAGGCUUUGAGUUACUGUAAUUUUUUGAGAAUUUUUGGUUUAAAAUGAAAUUUUUUGAUUUUUAGGGGGAUUUUUUAAAAAUUUGGUUUAUUUUGAUUGUUUUAUGAGUUGAUAAUACUGAGUUAAUGGGUUUAGAUGAUAUUUAAAUACUCAGGGUUACUGUAGCUUUUCUAAAAUUUGUGGUUUUCGUAUUAAAUUUGCGAUUUUUGGCGAUUUUUUCACCAAUUUCCCCAAAAAUGAGUAAAAAGCCCAAAAACUUGUAAUGAAUUACUAAUAUUUGUAUUCAAACUACUCCCUAGUACGUAAUAGAGCCUUCGGAACACUUCGGCGUCAUUUUUCCCUUGCAUUAUUUGCCCUUUUUCGGGCAUUUCAACCCCAAAUGAACCAUAAUUAAGGUCCAAAAGUCCAUUCCAAGUGCAAAGGGCCCUUGAGCCCUUCGUACGCUCGUUUUUCGAACUACGACACAACUUUGGAGCCCGCCGACCAACAAUUUUUUACUCUGUUUUUGGGAUUUUUUGCACUUUUUGCGCCACAAAAACAAUUUUUUUUCGCUUUUUUUGCCCUCCGAAAUUCCAUGUCAGAGCGGGUUUUUUCUUGAUUACACGAGUAUUAGAGAGGGCUGUUUUCGUGUUGAACGCGUAUUAUUUUUGGAGAAACUGCAGGAAAAUUGAGGGUUUAGCGGUAAAAAGUGGGUAUUUUGCAGUUUUUUGGAGUUUUAAGGGUAUUUUGAGCAGUAUAAAUGGCGUUUUGGAGGGUAUUUUGACAAAAACAAGAUGUGAUUUAGGUUGUAAAUGUAAUUUUCGGUAAUUUUUGAGGUUGUGAAAAAUUUGCAUAAUUUUGAAAAUUAUGUAAAUUUGAAUAAUUUAUGGUAAUUUGGAUGUUUUAUGGGUAAAAUACGCAUUGAUAUUAUAUUUGAGUAAAUUUUAAAAGGUUUUGAAUAAUUAAAAAAUUUGCAUAAGUUUGAAAAUUAUGCAAAUUUGAAUAAUUUAGGAUAAUUAGGAUGUUUUAUGGGGUAAAAUACGUCUUGAAAAUUUGUUUUAUCAAAUUUGAAAAGGUUUUGGUUAAUUCAAAAAUUUGCAUAAAUUUGAAAAUCAUGCAAAUUUCGGUAAUUAAUGUAAUUUAGAUGUUUUAUGGGUUAAAAUACGCCUUGACAUAUAUGCCGAAGCAAAUUUGAUAAGCUUUUGGAUUAUUUAAAAAUUUGCGUAAAUUUGAAUAUUUGCCAAAAAUGAGAAAUUUGACGCAAAAAACUUCUCCAUAAGGCAGAUUUGACCUUUAAAAAUGCAUUUCAUAAAAUUUUUGAAUAAAAAAGUUGUAGUUUCUACUCGAUUAGUCCUGAAAUUGCGACUAUUUUUAAAGAUUUGUCUGCUUCUGACACGGCCCACCACAAUUUCGCCCUUUUUUCUCUCCUAUUUUCGUGUUUGUGCACGGCUUGUAAUUGCCUCAAAACGGCACGAACCCAUGUCUAAGUGCCCAUCCCCACCCCAUGUCCAUCUCACAAACGUUUUUUUUGCACUGUGCGGUUUUGUACGGCCAACCCGUGCCAGCUGCUCUUUUUCGACUAAUUAACUGUUGGGAAAUACAGCCAAUGUUCAGCACGAUUUCAACGAAAUACCAUCCCUAAUAUUGGUAUUCUCCGAUCCUUUGCUUUUUGCACCGUGCGCCGAGAUUUAGUUUUUCGGCUGCACAGUGCAAAAGGGUUUUGGUGUGGAUUGCACAGUGCGAAAAGGAUCGAGUUUUUGACGCACGGUGCGAUUGAAGUUUUUGUUUUAUAAUUUGCACGGUGCAAAAAUAUGAGGUUUCAGAAAUGCACAGUGCAAUGGGAAUUUUUCUUGUCGCGAUAAAGAUUGCACAGUGCAAAAAAGCUUUUGGUUUGGAUUGCACAGUGCGAAAAGGAUCGAGUUUUGGCCGCACGGUGCAAAGAAGCUUUUGUUUUGUAAUUUGCACAGUGCAGAAAUCUGAGGUUCAAAAAAAUGCACAGUGCAAUGGGAGUUUUUGUUGUCGCGAGAAAAAUUGCACAGUGCAAAAAAGCUUUUGGUUCUGGGCGCACAGUGCGAUGAAAACUUUAGUUUUUUAAUUUGCACAGUGCAUAAAUAUGACUUUCAAAAAUGCACAGUGCAAUGGGAAUUUUUCUUGUCGCGAGAAAAAUUGCACAGUGCAAAAUUUUCCUCUUGUUUUUUCUGCGCACAGUGCAAAAACUCUUCUUCUUUUUUCGCCUGCACAGUGCAGAAGGCUUUGUUUUUUGAUUGCACAGUGCGGAAAGGAUCGAGUUUUGGCCGCACGGUGCGAUGAAAACUUUCGUUUUGUAAUUUGCACUGUGCAAAAAUCUGAGUUUCAAAAAGUGCACAGUGCAAUGGGAAUUUUUCUUGUCGCGACAUAGAUUGCACAGUGCAAAAUUUUGAACUUUUUUGUGCACGGUGCAAAAAGUCCUCUUCCUUUUCCACUGCACAGUGCGGAAGACUUUGUUUUUUGAUUGCACAGUGCGGAAAUGAUUGAUUUUUGGCGCACGGUGCGAUGGAACCUUUUAUUUUGCAAUUUUCACAGUGCAAAAAUUUUAGGUUCACAAAAUGCACAGUGCAAUGAGAAUUUUUGUUGUCGCGAUAAAGAUUGCACAGUGCGAAAAUUUUUGUCUUUUUUGCGCUCCGCACAGUGCAAAAAUCAGAGUUUCAAAAAGUGCACAGUGCAAUGGGAACUUUUCUUGUCGCGAUAUAUUGCACGGUGCAAAAAUUCCUCUUCUUUUUUUUGACUGCACUGUGCAGUCGAAAAGAUUGAAUUUUCGCACCGUGCAUGAAUGAAAAGUUGGUUUAUUCCAGUAAAUAUGGCCCAAAUUCGACGGGCUUUGUCCCAAAAACUGAAUAUCAACCAUAAUCCCGGAUUUGCGGCACCGUUUCUGACUGUGUUUUGGUAUUUUCUCCCGGAUUUUAGCAGCUUUUUGCUUGUUUAUCCGCGGAUUAAGUAAUUAAAGCGAGAAUUGACUAAAAAAUAGAGCGUGUUUUGGAAAAUUAAGCCUUAAUUGGGCCGGCGACGGUGUUUUUGACGGAUUUAGAGAAAAUUACGGUAAUUUGCGAAAUUUGCAUAAAUUUGCAUAUUAUUUAAAGUGGCAAAUUUUGGAAUUAUUUUGAUUUAGAAAUACGCCCUGAGGGGUUUAUUGGAAUUUUUAAUGAUUUUUUCGCAGAAUUUUUGCAAUUUUUUUUUGCGAAAUUUCAAAAAAAUUUUAAAUUUAAAUUCAAAUUUUUGGUGUUUCAAAUUCCCGGAAUGAUUUCUGAUGCCCUCAAUUUGCCUCGUGCCCGUUUCUGAAAACAAUUUUUGUUUUUUGGACACUUUGGCCGCUUGUUUUUCCGCACCGUGCAAAUUCAAACAUCACUUCGGGUCGAAUGACUCCUUGUUUUUUGUUGUUUUGGUCUCGAACGUGUGUCUAAAAUGCAUUUCGUUACAAAUUCCAGGCAGUAAUCAUCCAAAAUGAUCCACUGAAAGGUCGAAAAUUUUAUUUUUUUGAUCAAAAAUUUUGACUUUUUUUUUUUUUGAGAUUUUGGAGAUAUAAAGGGCAAUUCGGGAUAAACGGAUUGAUGAAAAGUGUUGACUUAGCUGUAGCCUUGAUUUUCGGUCUUUGUCGGACGUGUUUACAAAGAUUUAUUUUAAUUUUUUUUCGUUCUGAUGUCUAAAAUAAUAUCGAAAUAUGCAAAUUACGGAGGUAUUAGUCACUCUUUCUCGGUUUUAAUAAAGUUCCACCAGAAAUAGCCGAGUAUCAUCCGCGUAUUUGGCAGAUAUGAACGGAAAUCCCACCCAUUUCCGCUAAAAAUCCCUUUUUCCGCAAAAACUUUUGAAUGUUUUCGGCAAGCGUUGACGCAGAUUGACGGAAUUUUUGUCAUUUGCGACGUCUUCUAUCGUAUUUUUCAUAUUUUUCGUUAUCUCGGCUGUUUUCAGACCGCCAAAGACAUGGUCAAAUACUACUAUGCGACCAAAUCGGAGAUGAAAUACAAGAUGUUCUUCCCGAAGAACAAGAAAAAACCCAACAAAUUGGCCAAACCCAUACCGAUGCCGGAGUUCCGCGAGAUGUUCGACCAUCUGAUGGACACCUGCAGUAAGUUUUGCACGAUUUUUGAUCGUUUUGGACUGGUUUUGGCACGAUUUUUGAUCGUUUUGGAGUGGUUUUGGACUGCACUGUGCAGCACUUCUCAAGUUUGAGAACUGCACAGUGCGUUUUGAAAAGUUCCUCCGAUUGCACUGUGCGAAAUUUGACAUUUGUGUUUUUUGCACAGUGCAAUAUUUUGUUUUUGGAAACGCACAGUGCAAAACGAAAGUUUAUGUCGCGGCGACAACGAGAAAGCGACCAUUGCACAGUGCGUUUUGAAAAGUUCCUCCGAUUGCACUGUGCGAAGUUUUCCAUUUGUUUUUUUUGCACAGUGCAAUUGUUUUUUGAUCUGUUUUUUUGCACAGUGCAACGAAGCUUUUGUUUUUUGUCAUGCACUGUGCAGCGGUUCUCAAGUUAGAGGAUUGCACAGUGCGUUUUGAAAAGUUAGUCCGAUUGCACUGUGCGAAAUUUGUCGCACAGUGCAAUGUUUUUCUUUGUAAACGCACAGUGCAAAAUGAAAGUUCAUGUCGCUGCGACUGAACGGAAAGCACUGCACUGUGCAACGAAGCUUUUGUUUUUUUUGCACUGCACUGUGCAGCGGUUCACUGCAUUCCGAAUUAUUUUUGCCGCCGACCGGCGUCCGAAAAAAUGAAAAAAUGAGAUACGCCUCUUACAUUUUUGCCAAUAUCUCGCUAGCCUCGAAGUGUAGCGUGAAUCUGAAAAUUGUGUUUCAAAGCUGACACAUUUGUCCUUCAGAAUAUAUUAAUUUUGUGAUGAUACUUAUUAUGUACGACAAGGAAACCGUUGCUGAAAAAUGGCAAAUUUCAACAUUCAAUGCCAGAAAAAUGUACUUUCUAAGUGCCAGAUUGCAAAAUUAUGGGCCUCAUUGUGUACAGAAUCUUGAACACUAUAAGAUAUAACAAUUUCAGGCAUUUUCUGGCCCGAUUCGCAGAGUUAUACCCGAAAAACUGCAAUUUUGGCCUUCUUAUUGAGCUAUCUGCACUUUAAAAGUACAUACAAAAAAACAUUUCUAUGAUUUUUGUUGCCCAGGUUGUGAUGGACCACUGUGCAAAAUCUCAGCUUUCCAGGACUCCUCCGAAAAAAGUUAUAACGGUUACAAUAUGGGACCCUCGUAUGCCCAAUAUUUUGUAAAAUACAGUACACCAUUGUAAAAAAUAGCUCUAUAUGGCCUACGUAAACUUACUCGAAACCUGAACACUGUUUCUCAGAUUUUUCCGCACGAGGGACACGAUUUCAAGUUUUCGCUAUACUAAAGGGAAAACAGUGAAAAGUUGGGGACAUAGCUGGGAAAUUUUUAUAUGUAGUUGACCGUGUAAUUGCGAUAAAAUUUUUUACCCCAACCAACGCGACAGCAGCAAUAGGAAUUCCAUCAUACAAAGCCAUCUUGCACCGUAGUUUACCGUAUUUUACAAAAUAUUGGGCAUACAAGGGUCACAUAUUGUAACCGUUAUAACUUUUUUCGGAGGAGUCCUGGAAAGCUGAGAUUUUGCACAGUGGUCCAUCACAACCUGGGCAACAAAAAUCAUAGAAAUGUUUUUUUGUAUGUACUUUUAAAGUGCAGAUAGCUCAAUAAGAAGCCCAAAAUUGCAGUUUUUCGGUUAUAACUCUGCGAAUCGGGCCAGAAAAUGUCUGAAAUUGUUUUAUCUUAUAGUAUUCAAGAUGCUGUAUCCAAUGAAGCCCAUAAUUUUGUGAUUUGGCACUUAGAAAGUACAUUUUUCUGGCAUUGAAUGUUGAAAUUUGUCAUUUUUCAGCAAUGGUUUCCUUGUCGUACAUAAUAAGUAUCAUUACAAAAUUAAUAUAUUCUGAAGGGCAAAUGUGUCAGCUUGUAAACACAAUUUUCAGAUUCGCGUUACACUUCGAGGCUAGCGAGAUAUUGGCAAAAAUGUAAGAGGCAAAUCUCAUUUUUUCAUUUUUUCGGACGCCGGUCGGCGGCAAAAAUAAUUCGGAAUGCUGUGCGGUUCCGAAAUUCGAGGACUGCACGGUGCGUUUUGAAAGUUUCUCUGAGUGCACUGUGCGAAAUUUUCGAACUGUUUUUUUUUUGCACAGUGCAAUGUUUUUUUGGGAAAACGCACAGUGCAAAACGAAAGUUCAUGUCGCAGCGACAACGGAAAGCACUGCACUGUGCAACGACACUUUCGUUUUUUUUUGAUCACUGCACAGUGCAGAAAGGAAAAAGCUUUUUCUGCACGGUGCACUGAUUUCGCGAUUUUUUCCCCUUGCACAGUGCAGAGAGAAAAGAGAAGAAAAAAUUCUUGCGAAAAAAUUGGUUUUUUUUUUGCACAGUGCGUGACAAAGACAAUUUUUUGCUCUGCACAGUGCAUAAACUUUUGUAAAAAUUUUUUCUUGAAAACCGCAGCGAACUAAUCCCUUUUCCAAAUUCCAGCAAAACGCGACAUUUUCACGCACAUUUGUUGUGUAAUUUGCGAUGGAGACAUGAAAAUCUUCACGGCUGUUCCGUCCAUGUCCAUGGAGAAGGAACGGCUGUACAAGAAGAUCUUGAAAGAGCAGGAAUUGCGACAAAAACUGCCAAUCUGCACGAAAUGCUUUGGAGCCUUCAAGAAGACAGCGAUGUAAGUUAAUUUUUAAAAUUUUUUUAUGGAAAUUUUAUUUUUCUUCACCAAGAAAUCUCGUUUUAGCCGAUGCCCGGUGGGAACUUGUCCCGGCGGAAAGCGAAAACAGAAACCAUCACGAGCACCACCCCCAGAAUUCUACGACCAACCCCUGGAGAAUCAGUGUGCGAUCGUGAGGAAGCUCCGAUUCCAUCCCGCAGCACCAAAAAUUUGCUCCAAUUGUUAUAAACGGAUUCAACAGGAAAUCGAAAAUGUAAGUGAAAAUGGGAAAUUGUAGGUGAGGGUGGGUGUAGGAGUGUGAUAAAUGAUAACUACAAGUUUGUUGGACCCUUAUUCGAGAGAUUUUGAGAGUUGAAACAGAAUGCCAAAAAAUUAGAAUGUGGAAAUUGGAGGGGAUAAAUAGGUGUAGGAGGGUGUAGAAGCGCAUAUAAAGCUGUUUUUUCACGUUGUAAUGGUUAUUUCGGCAGUUUUUGCACUUUUUUGGGACUUGCAACAGAAUGCCAAAAAAUUAAAAUAUGCAAAUUGGAGGGAAUUAAUAAGUGUAUGAGGCUGACAAAUAAGUGUAGGUGGCUGUAGAAGCACAUAUAAAGCUGUUUUUCACUUUGUAAUGGCUAUUUCAGCAGUUUGCGAGCAGUUUUGGGGCUUGCAACAGAAUGCCAAACCGGCGGGAAAUUUAGAAAUUUAAAAUAUUGUAGGCGAGGGUGGAUUGUUGGGACCUCUCAGAAGAUUAGAACAAGUUUUAAGAGGCUGGUUUCCUGUUUUUCGACGGUUUUUGCCACUUGCAACAGAAUGCAAAGACGGCGGAGAAUUCGGAAAUCCGAAGCAUUUUGUUGAUAUUUUUUGGAAAAAUAAAUCUCUAUGAGAAAAUUUCAGUAGCUUAUAUCGCAGUUUAGACCGUUUACGGUCCUUGGAAAACUAAAAUUUUUUCAUUUUCAGAUCGAAGACAACCCCUACUACAAGCAGCCACUGCCCGUUCCUCAAGCCAAACGAAAGCCCAACUGGAGUGCGGCUCGAGUCCGACAACUCUUCGAUCUGGUCCAGGAGCUGGGCCGCGAAUGGCUCUUGAUUAGCCAACGCCUCGCAGACCCUCAAAACGGCUUCAAACCGAGUCCGCGACAAGCCAGAGCCCUGCACGAACGUCUCCGAUACUUUUGGAUGCUCAAGGACCGAAGAAUUACGCUGCAAAAGCAGGCCCGAAAGAUUAGCAAGCAAUACCGAAGAAUAAGGAGGAAUGGAAGUGGUACGCUCAAAUUGAGGAAGCAACAGAGCAGCGAGAGCGAUGAUGUCGUUGUAAUUGACGAGAUCAAACGCGAACCUCGCUUUGACGAGAAUGGAACCAAAGGAAGAGUCAAAAUGGAGCUUCCGCCGAAACUAGAGCCACUUCAAGAGGUCCCAUCGAUAAUUGGAGUCAAACGGCCGGCCCAUAUGGACUCAAUAGCCCAUCAAAUGGCUAGCCACACAGCCAACAGCGAGGCUUUGAUUGCACAGGCCAAUAUGAUCGAACAGAAUCGAAUGGGAAUAACGACGACGGCCGGAAAUCAGUCAAAUUCGUUGCCCAGCCUCUUGGCCAGUCAACUAGCGAGUCAGGAGAACAUGAAUAGCCAGCCCGCGAUCCUCGCCGCUCAAGCGACAGUAUCGGCGCAAGCGGCGGCCGAAUUGGCCCAGCUAAGUCAGGCAAUCCAAGACCGGAUCAAACUGACCCAGCCCCUCCAACUUCAGCCCGCUUUUCAAAACGAAAUGCCCACGAAUACGGAUGUGGAGACGAUUCGAUUGUUGCUACUACACUUUAAGAUCCCAUCGACCUCACCGACCUGGAGAGACGAACUGGAGCGGAGCUUGAGGGACUCGAGUCAAAAGGAAUUGGCUCUACUACAAUAUCGACUCAACUCGUUCAGACAAUCCAAGUGGGAAGAACCGAGAUGCCUAACGGGUAAGUUAUAGCACCUAACUAGGGCAUUAAAAGCGGUUUGGAUCAAGUUACUCCACUUUAGAACCCAUUUUCGGAAAAAAUUUUGAUAUUGCACUGUGCAAAAAAAUUAGUUUUAAUUUUUUUCAAAAUUUCAGGUGUUGGAAUCAAAUUCCCACUGAAUGGUGCAUUGACGAGCCCUCAACAACAAUCCGGACCACCACCGGCGAAGAAGGCCAAAGAAGACCGGCCCGUCGAUGAGAAUCGACCGACCAGGAAAUCCGGUCUGGCCACCGCUGCCCUCGAUCAAACCCCACGACGGCCGACUGGCCCACAGUCGGUGAAACAGUUGGCACCACCGAACAACACUCAUCGACCCGCAAGCACGCCGUUGGCCGAGGAUUUGCAGCGAAAACCGCUAAAGCAGGAGCUGGCCAAUAUUCAACAUGCCAGAACGCCCGAUCCAACACUCGGAACACAGUCGGAUGACAAUGGUAGGUUCGGGCGAUCGUAUUUUAGCUAAUCAGAGUGGAAAUUUGCAAUGCCAAAGCAUUCAAGGUUUUCGUGGUGGGACCCAGAAUUUUUAGGAUGAAUGUAAGAUAAUGUCAAAUUCCUUUGCAGAAACGGUUCGAGACGUACGUAAGAAGGCACUAACACCGACUCCACUCACUGACUCGAAGAAUAAGAUCAAUUCGAGCACCGAGAACACGGCCCCCAUCUACGAAGAGCUCAGCGACUCGGAUUCGGAUCAAAGUCGGCCGCCGUCGACGAACGGACAGGUUCAGAAGGUCGUGGAAAAGAGAGUACCAGGUAAGUAUUAUCUACUAAUCGAGUUUAGGCCUCAAAAUCACAAAAUUUUUAUAUUACACUAGACAAGCAUCGAGUAUAAUAUAAAAUUUCGCUUCAGAAUGGCCGCCCAUGGUGAAUAUGUGGAAUCUGGAGCCGGAGGAGCUGGAGAAGAUCCGCUCCCUUCGCAUCCCCCUCCUCAAACUCCCACCCAUCCAUCAUCCGGAGCCGGGCCAACCGCCCAGCCCACCGUACGAAGACCUGUCGGACUAG